AUGGAACCUCCAGUUGCCCCAGCUCUUGACGAAAUUAUUUGCGAUUCGGAUGAAGAAAAUGAUGUCAGCACAGAACUGCUCAGUCCUGGAGAGCUCCGUGAUAGGCUGCUUCAUUUAUGGCAGAACGAAAAAGUUGCUCCGGAGCUGUUGACUGCUCACUCUGAUCUGCUGGGUUUGGUUCAAGAAGAGGCAGAACAGCUGGAGGCGCAAGCGAAGUCCUUACCAGCUGGUGAUCUACGAGCCCAGCUCAAGUUUAUGCAGGCAGAAAGGCUCCGAUUCAUCCUAGCGGAUUACAUGCGCACCCGCAUCUUCAAGAUUGAACAGUUUGUGGAGCAUAUUCUAGCAGAGGAGCGUGCCCGACCUGACAACGAUUCACCCCACCUUACCGCAGAAGAAUUCUUGUUUGCCAAGUCCUAUACCAAUAGCAUCAAGGAUUAUCUGAAGCACACGAUCCUUAACCGCCUUCCUGUCAACAUGCAAAGUAUCAAAGAUGAAGAUUUGGCUUUCCGCCCAAACCUUAAUAGUUACGUUUUUUGCCGAGCCCUAUCGCGACUCUUCGUUACUGACGUACCGACCCAUAGCCGAGAUACUCAAUCUGGAUCUACAUCUGUGGAUCUUGAGCCAGGGGAGCAACACCUAUUGCCAUAUUCCGCUGUGCGGUCGUUUGUUGAGGAUGGUCGCAUAUUAUUGCUUUAA